CAUGACAAUUCAACUAGUCUUGCAUUAUUACCUCGGAAAUGAUCAUAUGCCAUUUUGGUAAUGUAAAGCUUGUUCGUGGAGUGAAUUCAGGCCAUGAAUUUCGCAAACUUAUCUUUCGAACAACCUCUGCUGGCAGAAGACUUGCUCACCAUUUCACAAGAUAAGCGGCCAUUAGUAACAUUCCAGUUUGAAGAAUACUUGGUGGUGAAGGGAAAACAAGUUAACAACUCACUUAAUGAGGCAGUACCCUUACGACACCCGAUAAAGAUUCACGAGGCAAUGAGGUACUCUCUUCUUGCUGGCGGCAAGCGUGUCCGUCCUAUUCUUUGUAUUGCUUCAUGUGAAUUAGUAGGAGGAGAUGAGUCCUUGGCGAUGCCAAUGGCCUGCGCUCUGGAGAUGAUACAUACUGCAUCUUUGAUCCAUGAUGACCUUCCAUGCAUGGACAACGAUGAUCUCAGACGAGGCAAGCCUACAAACCACAAAGUUUUUGGUGAAGCAACUGCAGUUCUUGCUGGUGAUGCCCUUCUCUCCCUUGCCUUUGAGCAUAUUGCUUCCAAUACGAGAAAUAUUUCACCUGACCGAGUGGUUUGCGCUAUUGCUGAGCUAAGCACAGCGAUAGGGUCCCAAGGGCUUGUGGCAGGACAAAUGAUGGAUCUUGAGAGUGAGGGAAAAGAAGUGAGUUUGAAUGAAUUAGAGUACAUUCAUGUGCAUAAAACCGCCAAGCUUUUAGAAGCAUGUCUAGUUUGUGGUACCAUAGUGGGAGGUGGAAACACUGCUGACAUUGAAAGGGUUAGAAAGUAUGCAAGGUGCAUAGGGUUGUUGUUUCAGGUUGUGGAUGAUAUUCUAGACGUGACCAAGUCCUCUGAGGAGCUUGGGAAGACUGCAGGGAAGGAUUUGGUUAGCAAUAAGGCAACAUAUCCCAAGCUGAUGGGCAUCGACAAGGCCAAGAAGUUUGCCUCUGAGUUGAUGAUACAAGCUGUUGAAGAGCUUGCCUACUUUGAUGCUGCAAGAGCUGCUCCAUUGUAUCAUUUAGCAAACUAUAUUGCUAAUCGAGAAAAUUAGGGCAGAAAUUUUAGCUGUAUUAAUUCUUUUUAUUUGUUGGAAAAUAAAAAAGUUGUGGAGUACAAGUUGUCAAAUAUAUAUAAGAUAUUUUAAUUUCACAACUGUAAUAAGUACUUUUGUUAAUUUUCUGAAGGUGGAAAGGAUAAAUAAAACUUCGAAAUCAGCUACAAUGCCAAAACACAAAACCUAAAGUUUUGAAAGGGUGUCAGUUCUCAACCCUUUCUUAAACUCUGCUAAUGAAACGGAACUGAUAGAACUCAUGUGACUUGAACAUCAACACUUGCACAACCUAGCUCUUUUCAAUCAAUUCUUCAAAAGCAAUUCUCCUCAGCACGAGCAUGAGGGCAUAGUUGGCUAGAUAACCCGAUUUUUGCCAUGCUAUUUGAGAAACAAACAAACAAACCAGCAAAAUAAAGAGGUUUACAGUGUACUUGAUAGCUCAUCUCAACCAGAAAAUAGGUUCGUGGUGUGAGGGAAUUUUGAAGUGAAACCAGGGAAGAGAAAUCAAAGUUGACUCUAAACAAGGUGGUGGUGAGGAUGGAGAUAAGGAGUCUAGGCUCAGGGUUGACAAGUGCUCACAGGUAUGAAUGCCGAGAUUUUUAAAUAAAGAUGUAGUGUCUUUCAAACUCAUUAUGCUCUGCCGGCUAAAACUUAGUAGUAGCUUUUUGAUGCUCUACAUAUAACUGACAACAUUUAUUUGAUAUAAGCUUGAGUUUUGGUCAAAAAAUUUCAAGCAAAAAGAAUCUCCGAAUACAAGCUACGAGAGCACCCAACAUUGAAAAAGUUUCAAAAUGGCAAGAGUUUUACUUGCCCCCCCACCUCCCCCACCCAAAAAAAAAAAAAAAAAAAAACAGAAGGUUUUUA